AUGUACGCGCUGAGACAUAUCCUCGGCUUCUUUCUGGGAGCGGCGAUCACGGCGGCCUUUGUGGUGCUAUUGCUGCCGCCUUCUCCUUCUCCUUCUCCUUCACCGUGCUCGUGCGGUGGCACGCCGCCGGCAGAUCACAAGCUGGCGUCCUCGGACCAAGCUGCUCUCAAUAAGCUCGAUACGGGGGUGAACAAUGCUGCACGGGAACGGGAAGAGGACGACGACGACGACGAGAAGCUGGCGGAGCUGCUGCGGAGCGCGGCCAUGGACGACAACACCAUCAUAAUGACCUUCACGAACGAGGCGUGGACGGCGCCGGGGUCGCUGCUGGACGUGUUCCUGGAGAGCUUCCGCAUCGGCGUCAGGACGGAGCCGCUGCUGAAGCACCUGGUGAUCGUGGCGGUGGACGGCAAGGCGUUCGAGGGGUGCCAGCGCGUGCACCCGCUCUGCUACCGCCUGGCGGCCCCGGCGGCGGCGGCGGACUCCGCGGCGGAGAAGCCGUACAACACCCCGGGCUACCUGGACAUGAUGUGGGUGCGGAACAAGUUCCAGGCGCGGGUGCUGGCGCUGGGGUUCGGCUUCGUGUUCACCGACGUGGACAUUGUGUGGUUCCGGAACCCGCUGCUGCGCAUCCCGGUGGGCGCCGACAUCGCACUCAACUGCGACUGGUUCUACGGCGACAACCCCUACGACCUCAACAAGACGGCCAACGGUGGGUUCCUCCACGCCAAGCCGCGGGCGCGGACGCUGGCCUUCUUCGCGGACUGGUACGCGGCGCGGACCCGGUACCCGGGGGAGCACGACCAGUUCGUGUUCGACCAGGUGAAGCACGAGCUGGCGGCGCGGCACGGCGUGACGGUGCAGUUCAUCGACACCGAGUACCUCAGCGGGCGGUGCGAGCCCCGCAUGGACUUCCGCAAGCUGUGCACGUUCCACGCCAACUGCAUCAUCGGGCUGCAGUACAAGCUCGAGUAUCUCACCGGCGUGCUCGAUGAGUGGAAGCGGUUCAAGGCCCAGGAGGAGCUGCUCGGCACCAACAGCACCACGCUCACUUACUGA